AUGGACAAUUACUGCGAGACUCAUCAUUCCAACCCUGACGCUGCAGAGCGGGCUGAAGGGUCACACGAUGUUGAGCAUGUGGCCCUCCGGUCCCUCGCUGUGGUUGUGGCCCUUUGCGGACUGGUGGGAAAUGGAAUCGUGAUCUGGUUUGUCCAUCUGUCUCACAAGAAGGCCUCCUUCGUCAUCUACAGCCUCAAUCUGGCCAUAGCGGAUUUCAUGAACCUUGGCUUCCAGAUCCUGUUCUCUGUCCGCCAAAUCCUGAAGCCUUUCCUCAACCAUUGCUUUGGUCUUCAUGCCCUCUUUAUGGUCCUGAGGUGGUUCUUCUACCUCACUGGUCUGGGCAUCAUGACCGCCAUCAGCUUCCAGCGCUGUCUGUCCGCCCUCUUCCCUAUCUGGUAUCGGUCAUUGCCCCAAGCACCUGUCGGCCAUCAGGAAAAGUUCUGUGACGAAUUUAAGACUGCCACCACCGUGUCGGUCUUCCUCCAGUUCUCCAUCCUGGGCAUUUCCAGUCUGCUGUUGCUCCAGCGAGUCCAGGCCAGCUCCCAGAAGCAUCAGCCCAGAAAGUUCUAUCUGGUCCUCCUGCUUUCAUUCCUGGGCUUCCUCUUCGGCCUGCCCCUCAGUAUCAUCCGGUUCUGUACAACUGAGAAAAUUCACAUCUUCAAUGACAUCUGUGUCCUCUUGUCCUGCGUCAACAGCACGGCCAACCCUGCCAUUUGCUUCUUCAUCGGGGGCCUUCAGAGGCAGCGGUCGAUGGAGACCCUCAAGGUGGUCCUUCAAAGAGCCCUGGGUGAGGAGACGGAGGAUGCUGAGGACCAGAAAGUGACCCCAACUGGCAAGACGGAGAGCGGGGGCCUCUGA